GUCUCUAAUCUUUUCUUUUUCCAUGCCUUAAUCCAAAGAGAGCUUACAAACCGGUGGUAUUCUAAAAGCCAUACCUGGUUUUGUGCUAAGUGUCUUUUGUUUUCUGGUUUGGUCCCUCCUCGAUGCUGUCGUGCGUCCGAGGAAGAGGUGCUCGUAGAUACUCUGGAAUGGAGUUGAGCUGAUCAAUGAUGCAAAUGUAUUGUUGCGUAGUAAGGAAGCUUUUCCUUUUGCUUUUUUGAUAUAAAAGUCAACUGAUCCAAAGUUUGCAUCCAAGUCUUCUUGGUUGAUUGACUCGUGAAAAUCCAGCUACUGCAUAUUCAGAUUGAUUAAGAAGCAUUGGUUGGUAGCUAUAUUAUAUAAUGCCAAUUGUUCAGAAAUUAUAUGAUACUUGCAAGGCAUCCUUGUCUCCUGAUGGACCCAUAUCAGAAGAAGCUCUGGAAAAAGUUCGAGCCCUUUUAGAUGAGUUGAAGCCUUCUAACGUGGGUCUCGAACAGGAGGCGCAAUUGGCACGUGGAUGGAAAAGAUCUUUGAAUGGUACUAAUGGCAGAAAGGGGCGUAAUGGAAGUUAUCAGUAUCCACCCCCUAUUAAAUACAUCCACUUGCAUGAAUGUGACAAAUUCUCUAUGGGAAUCUUCUGUAUGCUUCCUGGUUCGAUUAUUCCGCUUCAUAAUCAUCCUGGAAUGACUGUUUUAAGCAAGCUUCUUUAUGGUUCAUUACAUGUAAGAUCAUAUGAUUGGCUUGAUUUGCCUGGGUCAUAUGAUCAAUCUCAAGCAAGGCCUGCAAAACUUGUCAGAGAUUGCCAGAUGAAUGCACCUUGCAACACAACAAUUCUUUAUCCAAACAGGGCCAACAUUCAUUGCUUUAAAGCCUUAACCCCAUGUGCUCUCUUUGACAUUCUUUCCCCCCCUUACUCAUCAAAAGAUGGCCGACACUGCUCGUAUUUCCAGAACUUACCUAUGAAAGAUCUUCCAGAUGUUGAGCUUGAUCAGUUGUGUGGGGUAAAAUCUUCUGAAAUGACCUGGUUAGAAGAGAUUCAACCACCUGAAGACUUGGUGGUUAGGAAGGGGCAGUACAGAGGCCCUACUCUAAAAGACGAUGAAGGAGAUAACUAAUUUUAUUUAUGUAACAUUAGUCAGGCUUGCCUAGAAACUAAAUAUGGGGGGAAGAAUAUAAAUUGCAGGUCCCAUCUGCUUUGUAUGGCUGUUAACUGUACAUAUUAUGAUAAAUGAUGGCAGUGAAUGUUGAUCAUGACUUGUAUUGUUGUUCUUACUUACCCUUUUUAGAUUAUAACAGCAACAUGAUAAUAUUUGGUGAUGUUAAUACCUUCCUUAGAC